AUGUCCUCACAUAAGACCGACGCUGAAAUCAAUACAGAAAAGAUAAAUGCUGCUAUCAAAGUUAUUGAACAGAAAACUAGCCAAACUAGUAACGGCACUACCGAUCUCACCAAGUAUGAAUUGGAAAACGGUCAAAUGGUAUCAACCACCGAUAGAGUAAUAACAAAUGUUCAGCCAGUAUCAAGUAAACUUCCUGCUGAUGAAGAAUUAUUCUGCCCAGAUACUGGCUUACCCAACCAUGAAUUCUUAAGGAACCAUUUCAAAUCUGAAGGUAGAAUUACAGAAGCACAGGCUCUUAGGAUACUUCAAAUGGCCACUGAACUCUUGUCACGGGAGCCAAAUCUAUUGAAUGUACCUGCACCGGUAACUGUCUGCGGUGAUAUCCACGGUCAAUAUUAUGAUCUUUUAAAAUUAUUUGAAGUUGGAGGCGAUCCAAAAACAACACCUUAUUUAUUUUUAGGUGAUUAUGUCGAUAGAGGUUCCUUUUCAUUUGAAUGUCUAAUUUACUUAUAUUCUUUAAAAUUAAACUUCAAUGAUCACUUCUGGUUAUUGAGAGGUAAUCAUGAAUGUAAACACUUAACGUCCUACUUUACUUUCAAAAAUGAAUGUUUACAUAAAUACAAUCUACAGAUCUACGAAGCAUGUUGUCAAUCAUUCAAUGCGUUGCCUUUGGCUGCUUUAAUGAAUAAUCAAUAUUUCUGUGUCCAUGGUGGUAUUUCUCCAGAUUUGAAAACUUUGAAUGAUGUCAACAAAUUAAAUAGAUUCAGAGAAAUUCCAUCAAGAGGUUUGAUGUGUGAUUUAGUUUGGGCUGAUCCCGUGGAGAAUUAUGAUGAUGCAACAGAUAAAAGUACAGAUCUCUUCGUACCAAAUCAAGUUAGAGGUUGUUCAUUUGCAUUCACAUAUAAAGCGUCAUGUCAGUUUUUACAAAAGACUGGUCUCCUUUCUAUUAUUAGAGCUCAUGAAGCACAAGAUGCUGGCUAUAGAAUGUAUAAAAAUACAAAAACAUUGGGCUUUCCGAGUUUAUUGACAUUGUUCAGUGCUCCAAAUUAUUUGGAUACCUACAAAAAUAAAGCAGCAAUUUUAAAAUAUGAAAACAAUGUCAUGAACAUUCGUCAAUUCAAUAUGUCACCCCAUCCCUACUGGCUACCAGAUUUCAUGGAUGUUUUCACUUGGUCACUUCCAUUUGUUGGUGAAAAAGUUACUGAAAUGUUGGUUUCAAUCUUGAAUAUUUGUACAGAAGAUGAACUAGAAGAAGAAACUCCAAUAAUAACGGAAAAUGUGGGUAAAACUUCGGAAUCACCUUCAAAAAAUAAACCUUCUGAAAUAUCUCAAAGUAGUGGCGUGCCUAUACUUGAUGAUGAACAUAGGAGGAAAGCUCUAAGGAAUAAAAUAUUGGCAAUUGCUAAAGUUUCAAGAAUGUACUCCGUACUAAGAGAAGAAAGAGAAAAGGUGCAAUAUCUCAAGAGCAUGAACGAUGGCACUUUGCCACGAGGCGCAUUAGCUCACGGUUCGGAAGGCUUAAAUGAAACAUUAUCUACUUUUGAAAGAGCAAGGAAGCAAGAUUUAUCCAACGAAAAAUUACCUCCUUCUUUGGAAGAAAUGGAAAGGGAGAAGAAACAGUAUUAUAAUGAUAUAUUUAAUAGAGCGAAGGAUAAGCUGUAG